AUGCAUAAGGGCAAGAUAGGCCUCCUGGUGCUCAUCCCUGGUGUGAUCUUCAUGGAGGGCAACCGUGCCCCUGAGAAAAUCUGGGACAUGCUGAAUGUGGUUGGUGUGUAUCCUGACCAGCAUGAUUUCAUCUGUGGGAAUCCCAGAAAGUUCAUCACUAAAGAUUUGGAUUCUGAAAAGUACCUGGAAUACCAGCUGGUAUCUGGCUGUGAUCCUCCAUGCUAGGAGUUCCUGUGGGGCCCAAGGGCCCGUGCUGAAACCAGCAAGAUGAAAGUCCUGCAGUUUUUCUCCAAGGUUGUCCGGAGCAGCCCAACUUCCUUCACAGCUCUGUAUAAGGAAGCCCUGAAGGAUGGAGAGGAGAGAGCCCAGACUGGAUAUGCCUCCAUGACCAAUCCUGUUGCCCGGGACAACUCAGGUUCUGGGGUCAAGCCCAGCACCUUCUCCUGCCCUGAGUAA